CCAAACUCUCAAACCCAAGCAGUAGCACGAACGGAAGUCGCCGAGAGAGAGGCCAGAAGGAAGUUGCGGAGAGAGAGAGACGCCGUCGCCCGCCUGCACGCUCAACUGCUGCUGCCCGCCAGUCACCGAGAGAGAGACGCCGCUGCCCGCCAGACGCCACCUCGCCGGAAAUUCUCCAGCCUCCAGGUGCCAGAGUCCAGGUACGGAGGGUAAAGGAGAGGCAGCUCGUAAAGCUAUGGAGAGGCCGCACUUGAAGAAGGAGAAAGACUACUCGCUGUUUAGCGAGCUGUUCACACAUCAUAUAGAGUCGUUCGACUACAUGAUUGACCAAGGCCUUGAGACCAUGCUUAUGGCCAUCAAGCCAGUUGAGGUAUCCCAUCAAGCCUCCGGCAGCAAGCUUAGAAAUAUCCUCUUUUGCAUUCUCGUACUGUGGUUUGGGAAACCUGAAUUAUUCCCCCCUGAAAAGGAGCGUGGUUACAAGGGCCUUAAUGAUCCUCUGUAUCCUUUUGAGUGUAGGCAAGCUAAACUUUCAUAUACAGGAAAGUUUGUUGUGGAUAUCUGCCUUCAAUUUGACGAUGGAGCUGUUGUAAGAGAGAAAUUUAAUCUAGGGCAGUUUCCUAUUAUGCUGAAGUCAAAAUUAUGCCGCUUGAGAACGGCUGACAACUCCCAAAAAUUAGUACGUCUCAAGGAAGAGCCAUCAGAAAUGGGCGGAUACUUCAUUUUGAAUGGUCUUGAACGUGUAGUCCGACUUCUAAUAUUGCCAAAACGAAACUAUCCAAUGAGCUUGGUGAGAAAUUCAUUUCGUGAUAAGCGAGAAGGGUAUACUGAUAAAGCUGUUGUGAUAAGAUGUGUAAGAGAAGAUCAAUCUGCGGUUUCAAUAAGACUGUAUUAUCUUAUUAAUGGAAGUGCGAGACUUGGAUUCUGGAUACAAGGAAGGGAAUAUUUGCUUCCUGUUGGUGUCAUAUUAAAGGCCCUUGUUGACACAACUGAUCGUGAUAUAUAUGUCAGCUUAACAUGUGUUUAUAAUGAGAUUUAUGAUAAAGCAAAGGGAGCUGUUGGCACCCAGCUUUUUGGAGAAAGGGCAAGCAUUAUCUUGCAUGAAGUUACAAGCCUUUCUCUUUUUACACGUAGACAGUGCCUCCAACAUAUUGGUGAACAUUUUCAACCUGUUAUGUCUGGUAUGGAAGAGGAAACUUAUUCUGCUGUUGCUGAAGCUGUGCUCCGAGACUACAUAUUUGUCCACUUGGAUAACAACCAUGAUAAGUUUAAUUUGCUUAUCUUCAUGUUGCAGAAGCUUUUUUCUCUAAUAGAUCAAACAUCUGUUCUGGACAACCCAGACUCCUUGCAGAAUCAAGAAGUUUUGCUGCCUGGUCACUUGAUAACAAUAUAUCUAAAGGAGAAGCUUGAAGAUUGGUUGUUGAGGACAAAACAGUCACUCAAAGAUCAAAUUGCCAGCAAAGCCGAGAACUUUCAGUUUAUCCUUGCUGAUGUGAAGAAAGUUUUUGAAAAAAAUGGUCCGAGACAGAUCACUUUAGCUAUUGAGAAUAUGUUGAAGACUGGGAGAUUGGCCACACAAUCUGGUCUUGAUUUGCAGCAGAGAGCUGGAAUGACUGUUCAGGCAGAAAGGAUAAAUUUUCUGCGAUUCAUUUCACAUUUUAGAGCUGUUCAUCGAGGUUCUGCCCUUGCUGGUCUUCGUACUACCAGUGUGCGGAAAUUGUUGCCCGAAUCAUGGGGUUUUUUAUGUCCUGUUCAUACACCUGAUGGGGAAUUAUGUGGAUUGCUAAACCAUUUAGCUGCUGCUUGUCGUAUAACCUCAUAUUAUGAUUCCAAAGGAAACAUCAAAGACUUUCGCAGAAUGAGAAUGUCAAUCAUAGAUGUGCUAAACAAUAUUUGUUUUAUGAAGUCAGCAAUGCCAAAGCUUCCCAAGGCAGGCCCUCCUGAACUACUUACUGUUCUUCUGGAUGGCCGUGUUGUGGGUUAUGUACCAUUGGACCUUGUUGAAAAAGCUAUCACUCAUCUGCGAAGACUAAAACUAUCAACUGUAUCGCCGAUUCCAUUUGACUUGGAGGUGGGCUAUAUACCUCUGAGCAUGGGUGGGGCAUAUCCUGGUAUAUACCUGUUCACAUCUCCUUCUAGAUUUAUCCGACCAGUUAGAAACAUCUCCGUUCCUCCUCAAGAUGACAAUGAUAUUGAACUGAUUGAAAUCCAUCCAAAAAAUAUGCUGAGUGUCGUUGGUAAUUUGACACCUUGGUCCGAUCAUAACCAGAGUCCCCGCAAUAUGUAUCAGUGUCAGAUGGCGAAACAAACUAUGGGGUUCCCUUCACUGGCCAUAAAUUGCCGCGCUGAUCAAAAGCUUUAUCACCUUCAGACCCCACAGACCCCCAUUGUACGUACUGGAGCGUAUGAGAAAUAUUGCAUUGAUGAUUAUCCCUUAGGAACAAAUGCAAUUGUUGCAGUUCUUGCUUAUUCAGGUUAUGACAUGGAGGAUGCCAUGGUCUUAAAUAAAUCAUCUGUUGACCGCGGGAUGUGCCAUGGGCAUGUAUACCAGACAGAAACAGUUGAUUUGGCUGAACAAAGUGCAAAGUCAGAUCGUGUUCAGAAAAUGUUUAAGAGAAGCUAUAAUAAGAAGAACCCUCAGCACCUGAUUGACCGCCUGAUUGAUUCUGAUGGACUUCCAUAUGUUGGCCAGAAGAUCAAUCCAAAUGAGCCAUAUUGCAGUGUCUACAGUGACAUAACAACUAAUUCACAAACCAUCACAUUGAAGGGUACAGAAUCUGUUAUUGUUGACUAUGUUGCUGUUGAUACAAAGACCAAAAGUAAUAUUCAAAAGGCAAACAUACGUUUUCGACGUUCUAGGAAUCCGAUAAUUGGAGACAAAUUUAGCAGUAGACAUGGGCAAAAGGGGGUGUGUUCACAACUAUGGCCAGAUAUUGAUAUGCCUUUCUCAGCAGUUACAGGAAUGAGGCCAGAUCUAAUAAUUAAUCCUCAUGCAUUCCCUUCAAGGAUGACUAUUGGAAUGCUUUUGGAAUCAAUUGCUGCCAAGGGAGGAGCUUUACAUGGGAAGUUUGUCGAUGCAACGCCAUUUUCUACUAUAGUUGAAAACGACACGGGAUCAAAUUCUGAUUCAGAUUCACUAGUUGAUGAUCUUGGGUCUAUGCUGAGAGCCCGUGGGUUCAAUUACCAUGGUGUAGAGGUACUCUAUAGCGGAUUUUAUGGGACAGAACUAACAUGUGAAAUAUUUAUUGGGCCAGUUUAUUAUCAAAGGCUUCGGCACAUGGUUUCAGAUAAGUUUCAGGUGCGCUCUACCGGAAGGGUGGACCAAGUGACUCGGCAGCCCAUCAAAGGAAGAAAAUACGGGGGAGGCAUUCGAUUUGGGGAGAUGGAACGGGACUCCCUCUUGGCCCACGGGGCAGCGUAUCUGUUGCACGACAGACUCCACACCAGUUCUGAUCACCACAUUGCAGAUGUGUGCUCACUCUGUGGGAGCAUCCUCACCUCGACACUCAUCCAGCCGCCCCAAAAAAUACAAGAGAUCGCCGGGCUCCCUCCUGCCAGAGAACCCAAGAAGAUUGUGUGCGUUGCGUGCAAGACGAGUAAGGGAAUGGAGACGGUCUCUAUGCCUUACGUCUUCAAGUAUUUGGCUGCCGAAUUAGCAGCCAUGAACAUUAAGAUGGACCUCAAGCUGAGCAAUGUUGCAGGUGCUUGAAAUUCCCAGCCCUUCUAUGUUUUUUUUAUUUAAAAAAAAAAUCCAAAUUCCAACUCAAACUGUUGUGCCAUUUGUAGUUCUUUUGUUAUAAGCAAUGUCAUUUUCAAUCUUGAGAUGUUUUUCUUGGGAUAUACCCAAUAUUUAUCUAUGAGCUGGUUAAUAGUCCUCCCUCUCUCUGCAGCUAGCAAUUUUUAUUCAAAUUAUUCGUGGAAUAUAGAUACUUGUAUUGAAUUUUGAGCAUCAAGAGUAUAAUCACUAACAUGUAGUGGUGUUAUUUAU